GGUCUAAGUCCGGGCAGCCAAAGAGUGUGGUUAGCAAGAUGAACAAAGAUGCGCAGAUGAGAGCAGGGAUUAACCAAAAGUUGAUAGAAACUGGAGAAAGAGAACACCUCAAAGAGUUGCUGAGAGCUAAAUUAAUUGAAUGUGGCUGGAAGGAUCAGUGGCUGAAGGCACACUGUAAAGAGGUGAUUAAAGAAAAAGGACUAGAACACGUUACUGUUGAUGACUUGGUGGCUGAAAUCACUCCAAAAGGCAGAGCCCUGGUACCUGACAGUGUAAAGACGGAGCUCCUACAAAGAAUAAGAACAUUCCUUGCUCAGCAUGCCAGCCUUUAAGAUUGAAUUAGAUUGUGUUGUUGUGGUUUUAUUUCUGAAAGUAAAACUUGCCAUAAAUUAGAAAACCAUUUCCCAAAAUAAAAUCCUUUUUUGUAUGAUGGUAUACAGUUUUCAGUAA